AAUAUAAUGAGGUCAACGAGCAGCCUACUAAAGACAAAGGAAAGGGAAAAAUGGUAUAUGAGGAAGACAAAAUAGAAACAGAAGAAGAGAGACAGGUAAGAAAUAGUAUUAAUGAGAAAGAAAAGGAAGAAACCAAAAAUAGGCAUCAAGUAACAGAAGAGAGAGAAAACAGAAGCAUUUAUAAAGAAAAAAGAAAACGACGUUAUAGUGAAGAAA